CAUGCAGCUUCCUGUAGGACCCAAAACAUCCAUGGCGCUGCCAAAAAGCCCCGUUACCCACUUACAUUGUUUUCUAGAAGGUACGGGCGAAUAAAAACGCGAUUACACCGGGCUCACUUAACUUCUUCGUGAUGUAAUUUACAGACUGUUCGUCCAUGUCGACAUUUUUGUCAACAAAGCAGCGCCGCUAACAAACCGCUCGAGGCUAGUUUUAGCUAACAGUCUUGUAGGAAUGCGUCGCGGCGGAGCAUAAACCUCUGGUUUUCACGAUAAACUUCUCCCAAACACCAGUCACUUGCAGUUACAGCAGGGCUGCGAACUUUACAGUCAAAAAUCGGGGGAGUUUUGGGGAAAAUGCUGGCAUGUCUCGCUGCAAUGCAACAGACCAAAGCAAGACAUCGUGUCGAAACGCGAACGGUUUUAUUCACACGGAAUUAAGAGAAAGUAAACAUCUUGCAUUUUGGAUGGCAGUGGCACCCUCCUUGAUGGCAGAUAAGAUUGUAGUCCUGGGUGACGAUGAAGAGAGGGGUCCUCAGCGUCGAUCCAAACGUGUCUCGCUGCACAAAUCUCAGCAGCUGGCCUUUAACCACAUUACUCAGUCACCUUUUGCCACAUCAAAGACAAAGAAGCAAACCCAUGUCCGACAGGCAGAGAAGGAGAAGUUGUUCUCAAAGAAACAGCCAGUGUCUAAGAUGGCAGUGGGACCUGCGUCGAAGGCAGAUGACUGCAUAGUCCUGGAAAAUUAUAAAGAGAGAGAGAGUCCUCAGCCUGCCUUCACUGCCUCCACCUUGCUCACUGAGUGUAAGGCCAUACGUGUCUUGCUGCACCGAGCUCACCUGCCGGCCUCCAUCCUCAUACCUCAGUCACCUCUUGCCACAGCAGAGGAGCAAACUGAUAUCCUGCAGGCAGAGAAUGAGAAAUUGUUCUCAAAGUUUGUUGAACACUGCUCAGCUCUCACCCAGGACUGCCCUGAGGUCUUGACCUUCCUCCAAACCAAGUACACCAAGGCCUCCCCUGACUAUCUGUCAUCUGUGGAGUUCAGGAACACCUUGGAGCAAUGUUUGACCUGUGUACAGACCAACCGCUCUAAAACAUUUGCCUUCAUCAAUGAACUGUGCAUAGUGCUCAGGACUCGUGCUGCCAAGAAGAGGCAGACCCUCACCAGGGUUGACUCUGGUACCUCUUCCUCAAGUUCUCUCCAGUCUGCCUUUGUUAUGCUUAAAGGUAAAAGCAAGACUACAGUUAAAGAAGAUGAUGAGGUGGAAGAAGCAGGAAAACCAGCUGCAGAAAAGAAAGAACCUUCCACCUCAGUGCUGCAGGAGAACACAGAGGACAACAAGGAAGAGCAACAAGAAGCAGAGAAAAAUGCAAAGAGGUCCAGGAAACAGACAGCGUACCUGGAGAACCUGCUGAAGGUGUACCACGAGGAGAUCUGCCGCCUGCAGCGGGCUGAGCUGAGUUUAGACAACCUGGAAGCUGAGGACUCGUUAUACAUCCAGGAGCACAAGCUCAAACGCAAGAUGAUGAAAAUUUAUGAAAAGCUCUGUGAACUGAAGGGUUGCAACAGGCUAACAGGCCGAGCCAUCGAGCAGAGGAUUCCCUACACAAGCACUCGUUAUCCUGAGAUCAACAGCAGGAUUGAGCAUUUCAUAAACAGUACAGAGGUCCGGAUACACCCUCCGGACUACCAGGACAUCCUCCAGUUGGUGUUGCAGGCCAACAAGCAUCACAACCUGUGCCUGAAUAGAAAACAGCUGAACCAGAUGGCGUUGGAUGCAUUCAGAGAGACCGGGAACAGCAUGCAGGAGCGACGUCACCUGGACCUAGUGUACAACUUUGGCUCUUAUCUCACCGACUCCUAUAAACCUGCCUCAGAUCCGGCUCUCUUGGACCCCUCGCUGAAGCGAAAGCUGCAAUUGAACAGAGAAGUGGCGAUAUCCCAGCUGGACUUGGUCUUCAGCAAAUAUGCCGUCAAACAAGAUGACAUAGAGGAGCAGGAGAGGAACAACCAGCUUAAGAUAAAGGACAACAAAUCAAAAAAGGGAAAAGAAACAAAAGAUAUGAAUGGAGUGGAAGAGGAUGAAGAAGAACUGGAGGAGGAGGAGGAAGAAGAUUAUUCAUCAGACCCAGAUAUUGAGGAGGAGAUCCAGGCAAGCACUCAGCAGAAUGUACCUGGUGAUGAUGGAAACGAGGACAACGGUAAUGGGGCGGAGCAAGCAGGAGAUGACACCAACAGAGAAGAUCAGACGGGCGAUUUUUCGGGAAGCACCAAAGACACGGAAGAAAAUCCAGUCAUAAGUGGACGUGGUCACCCUGUAAAGACAGGGGAGACUGUGGGUUCCUUCAGUCACAUAUCAGAAGACCCUGCAAACUUUUCAUCAGUAGUGGCCAACGGGACGUUGCCACCACCUGGUCCCAGAGAGACAAGGAUCCGGACACGGAGGAGUAAAGAAGUAACAUCAAAUAACUCCCCAAAUUCAAAGCACACCGUCAACAGAAACAGCCCCAGCCAAUCAGAGUCCACACAGUACAGUGACCAGAACUUGUCGAAUGGUGAACUCGCAGAACCGCAGCAGCCUGUGCGUUCUUCUAGGCGCAUUUCAGCCAUUAUAGCAGCCAACAGCACGACGCUGCCACUCAGUCCUAGAGCGAUGAGAAGUCAGAGGAAGAAGAGGAACAGGGAAGAAACAUCAUCUGAUUCUCCAAAUUCAAAGCACAUCAUCAUUGACAGAGACAGUCCCAGCCGGUCAGAGCCCAUGCAGACUGAUGACCAGCACUUGUCUAAUGGAAAACUCACAGAACCAAAGGAGGCUGUGAAUUACACCAGUUACGUUUCACCAGUAGUGGCCGACAGGACGUCUUUAAUGCCGUCGUCGGUGGAGACCUUACAACAGUCUGACACCCAGCCGAGCAGUCGGAAGAGGAGGAGGGAAGAAACAACAUCACAGGAUUGCCAGAAUUCCGAGUAUGCUGAUUGCGGCACUGUGCACUGCUUGAUCUGCCACAAGCCCCAGUCCAACAUCUCUGUUCACCUCUCCCUGGUGUGCAUGAAAACGAGCACACGGCAGAAGAGAGCUGCCGAGUGUCGGAAGGCCAAGGCCUCUUCCAGUAUGUGGGUCCAUGCCAACAGGACUUGGUAUUACAACAAAAUCUGUGAGCUCGUGCCGCACAGGCCCAGUCGCUCUGCAGUGAUCAAGGACCUUCUUAGGCGAGGUUUCUUCAUUAUGGAUUUGCCCGAUGACUUGGACAUGGACGCAGAAGAAACAAGCAAUGUUGCAAUGGCCACCACUUCCACGGCCUCCACCUCAGGAACUGUUACUGACCCCUCUGAUUCCCUAGAGGCCACCGGCACCCAUGGACUCCCAGAGAUGUCGGCGGUGGUUCCCCAGAGAUGUCAGCUGAGGUGUCAGCUGGUGCGUUGGCCGGCUGAAGCGUCGGCUGAAGCGUCGGUUGAGGCUGAAGCGUCGGUUGAACCACCGGGGCGGCGGCUGGGUCGUCUGCCGGGAUGCUGGCUGGGGCGUCCGCCAGGACAUCAGCCUGUGUCGGCUGAAGUGUCGGCUGAAGUGUCGGCUGAAGUGUCGGCUGAAGUGUCGGCUGAAGUGUCGGCUGAAGCGUCGGCUGAAGCGUCGGCUGAAGCUGAAGCGACAGUUGAAGCAUGCGAUGUUGCAAUGGCCACCGCUUCCACGGCCUCCGCCACUUCCACAGCCUCCACCUCAGGAACUGUUACUGACCCCUCUGAUUCCCUAGAGGCCAACGGCACCCAUGGUUCCCCAGAGAUGUCGGCGGUGGUUCCCCAGAGAUGUUGGCUAGGGCGUCCGCCGGGAUGUCGGCCGGCUGAGGCUGAAGCAUCGGCUGUGGCCUUGGCCUCUCCAUCCAAGUAUAGGAGGUUAAGAAACCGCUCCUUUCGAGGCAACAGCAGGUCCCCAACCAAGCGGUUUCAAAUGAAAGAAGCUGGUCUCUACACAAAAUUUCCCGAUGACACAAACAUCAUCAAGGACUUUAAAAAACACCUUGUCGAGAGCAUGCACAAGCCAUACUACCGAUUAGAGGUGGACCAAGUGUCUAAGUACCUGCGCUACUUACAGCCAAGCGGGGACAUCCUAACUCUGGACUUCGUCACAAAGCCAGCGGAGACCACAGGCUACCUGCAGAAACUAAAGUGCAUGGGCUUGUCCACAAAAAGUCUAAUGAGCCAUACCAGGAGCAUCAUCGGGUUCUUUGAAUUUUUGAGGACCCAUCCGGAUCUGAAGCAGAAAGACACACAGCUCAGAACAAUGUUAGCAACCACCGAGACGAUGUUGAGGUCGCUUCGGCAUUCAGACCUCCAGAAGGAUUCCAAACCCAGUGUUAAGGAUUGCCAGGAGGUGUUGAGGCUCGGGAAGCAAGACUUCAUGAACAGCUUUAACAAGCUUAGCAGCGACACCGUGCUUUCUGUGCAGGAGAAAACGAUGUACCGCUACUACCUGGAAGCAAUUCUCAUACUUCGUUAUUUCCAGCGUCCAAUAACUGUGACAAACUUGACUGUGCGAGAGUGGGUUAACCGGACCAGGGCACAUGGCAGAGUUAUGAUUGGCACCAGCCAUCAUCGGAUGACAGGAAGGAUGAUUGUAGAAGUCACUAUCACACAGGAGGAGGAAUCUUGGUUUCAGGCAUACUACAAGUAUAUUCGGCCAUGGCACAUCGGCAGCAGCAGCGACUGCGAGAAGUUCUUUGUGAACUCCUUUGGAAAAGCCAACAUAUCUACCUACAGUGACCUCAUCCGUUUGUAUAAGAUAUACAAUUUGGAUGAGGCCAGAAACAGGAUUGUCCAAAGGAUUGUUGAGGCACAGGCAGCCGAAUUUCUUACGGAGACUCGAAAGGAAUUUGUGGCUGACUAUCUGGUUCAGUCCACUCCUGUGGCAACUAAACAUUCCAUGGUGCUGACACUGCAGAAACCAGUGGCCACAGAGAUGGCGUUGGAAAACUCUCCUACAGAACAGACUCCUCAGGAAGAGGUCCUGCCUUCACCUUCAGGCUCUCGACAGCAGGCAGCAGCAGGGUUUGCUGCCAUAAUCGAAAAGUUCCCUGUUACGAAAGAUGGCCGGCCGCCCAGCCCAAAGCAGUUGAUCAAAGCUGGGAUUCCAGUGCAGCGUGGUUAUUACGAUAAGUGGCGAUUUAUCCAGGUCAAAGUGAGAGAGGCAUACCUGCUUUCACAUUUCACACAGCGCAAACCAUCAGUUUUAAGUGUGGCCCGGCUGAUAAAGAAGGAGGGGUGGAAGAACAACCACCCUAAGCUGAAGGCCGUUGUCCAGAAGUGGAAACCAACUCCCAAGAACACCAUGAAUAAAACUGACCUUGUUAACAAUAUUAAAAAUCAGUCGUGGAAAGGUCUCGCUGUCAAGACCUUUGGUGACCAGAAACGACUAGGAGUGGUUGCAACGCGCCAUUUCGCAAAAGGCAGCAUCGUCUGCGAUUAUCAUGGGAAAAUAAUCUCGGCCGCAAAGGGCAGGAGGCUGAUGAAGCAGAGCCAAGUGCAGGCUAACAACCUCUUCUUCUUCAAGGACCUCUGCGUUGACUUUCAUACGUUUCCCUGCGAGUGCCAUCCCGAUGUCGACACGUUCAGCAGGAGAAUUAAUCGCUCCAGCCAUAAGCCCAACCUGAAGCCCGUACACUAUGUGUUGGAGGAAGACGAGCAGGACGUCAUCCUCUUGCAAGCCAUCACGGACAUUGGAGUGGAUGAUGAACUGACACUUUAAGAUCCCUUUCUCAAAGUACUCUUGAUAAAAUACUGUGUAUUUUUCAGUGAAUGUUCUGAUUUUAAGAAAGAAAAGUUGUACUUCAACUUGAACAGUGUGAAUGUCUUCCAUGCCUGAAUUUUAAAAAAUAAUUUCUUGAUUUUUUUUUUUUUUUUUUGCAUUGAAAUUGUAUAUUUG